UAUGAAUAUUUUAACAGAGGAUGAUGAAUUUGUCCCACUACAUUUUGUAUUUUGUAAUUUUUAUGGUGAAAAUACGUGUUUUUGUUGGAAUAAUGACAAAUUUAUCAUGUUUCCAUAUAUACAAGAAAAAUGUACAUCUUUGCUGCCAGUUUUUAUUGCACCAGGACACAUAAAAGUUAUACAAUGUUUUUCCAAUAGAGUUUUCUUUACAUGUUUACCACAUGGUAUAUAUAAACUUUCAAGAGAUGGAAGAUUCAGUGUAUUAAGCAAAAGCGCUAUAAGUAUUGGUUCUAUAUUUUUUGAGAUACUGAAGACAAAGGAUGAUUGCUUAUAUUUGGAAAAUAAACAGAAGAAAUUGAGUAAAUUGUUACUCCAUCUGCCACCCAUGUCAAAACAGAUAGAAGAAUUAUGUACUUUUCCUUUGAAUAUGGAAAAUUUAGAACAUGAAUUUAGAAACAUGUUAUUAGAUGAAGUUAAUAUGGUAGAUAAUCUAUGUUUGAUUGGUAAUGGUAAAAAGUUAUUUACUUUAACAAAAGAAGUAAUUCAUUUAAUUUAUAGUUGUGAUAAUAAAAUAAUGAACAUUGUACCUAUACAGAAUGAUAAUAAGAUUAAUGGAUUAAUACUUAUAACAAAUACAGAUGCAAUUAUUGUUGUGCAUUCAAAAAAUAAUGUAUUAUGUUAUAAAAAAAUUUAUCUAGGAGUAGAUGUUAAAACUCUUUGCACAGGACUGAAUCACCAGCAUAAUGAUAAAAUAUGGAUUGUUUAUUCUGAUGAAUCCAAAUUAUAUUACAUGACAAUGACACUUUCUACUGAAAUAUAUAAGAAAGUAAAAACAGAAGAAACAAGUUUUGUCUGUAUACAAUAUUAUAAAGAAGAUAAAUUUGUAGGUCUAACUAAAACAAAAGAACUUCAUGAAUUAUCUAUUAAUGUAAUAGAAAAUUAUGUAAAUGAAGAAAUUUCCAAAGAUGAUUUUAUAGAUCUUCAUAGAGAUAUGUUGAAAGAUACAGAUUUAAUUGUUGAGCAAAUUUAUGAAAAAGCAAAAGAAUUAGAAUUGUGGAAUAAAAUACUUCUUACUGAAGAAGAUAAACUUUAUAGAAUAAAUCUUUAUGCUUGCAAGAAGAAAAUACAAAUGUACCCUAAAAUGACAGUAUAUAGAAUAGCAAAACAAUUAUUUCUUAAUAUAGAUUUUCAAGAAAAUUUACCAAAAAAUGUUUAUAUUGUUUGCUCCUUGGUAUCCAAUUAUGAAACAACUUUCUCUAUUAAAGAAAUAGCAAAUAAUGAAACUUCAAUUGAUUUACCUAUAGCAAUAAAAAAAUUACUUAAUUCUUUACAAAUCAGAAUGGAUUUAGUAACAAUCAUAAAUGAAGAACAACCAUGGUUUCUUAUAAAGGAUUUUGUAACAGAUCCAAUUAUAGAGAGAAAAAAGAAGCUAAAAGAAAAGCAGGUCAAGAGAGAUAAAACAAAUUUUAUAAAUGCUAAAAUAAAUCUUAUAAGGAAUUUAAUGUUGACAGAAAACUUAACUAUGAAGAAAUUAUCAGAAAUCAAAAAGAAGAUAAGAAAAGAAAUAUGUGACUUUUAA